CGAACAGUGUACCAACAAUUCUUCUUUUCCAAAAAUGGCACUUAAUAUUAAAAGAAUUAUAUUAAUUUUAUUAAUUAAAUUUAUUCUUUCAAUUCAAUUUAAAAAAGCGAAUGGAUUAAUGCUGACAGGAUUAGUAGAUUUAAAUAAUUUAAGAGAAUUGGAGGAACAAUUUCCUAAUAAUGAUGAUGAAAAUGAAGAGGAUGAAGAAGAAGAGAUUAUGGAUGAAUUUCAGAAAAGAAGCUCUCCCCAACAUCCAACUACUCCCCAAUUAAAUCGCUUCUUUAAAGCCUAUUUUGCCCCAAUAAUUCAAAGACGUUCAAUUAGAGAUAUUAAUUUAAUUGAAAGAAACAGAAGAAAAGCUUUUCAACGUACUGGAGGAACAAUAUUAUUAGGAAAAAGAAUAGGAGGAGGAAGAAGAUUUUAA